UGGUAAGAAGAAUAUCUUUUUAUUUUUUUGCAGGAUUUAACCCAGACUUGACCCCUUAAACCAAUGAAUUCUGUCAUAAUCUUGCCACAGCAUUCGUCUUUCAUCAAUCCAGGAACUUUUUUAUUAACACAUGGAAUUCCAAACUGAUUAUUUUCGUCAUAAUCAGAAGUAUCAAAUUUAUGUAUAUCUUCCUUCAUUACUUGAUACAUAUCUACAUUCUCAACUUUAUAUAUUAAACUCAACUCGCUUUUUCAUAUAUGAAUAAUGAAAAUCAUAUACCAAUGUUUUUGACAAAUCUAGAAUUGAGAGACCAACGUAUAUUGGUUUUUUAUUGUAAUACAUGUCCUCUUCAGCUGUAUGGCAACCAAAUUUUCAUUGAAGAUUGCACAACUGUGAAAAUUUGGUAGAGCUAUUCGUGCUUCUGCUCCGUACCUGCCUGGAAAUUUAUUUACUAAUCACACAUCUACACGUUUCCGCUCUCGUUCAAUACACUUUCCAUAGACUGCAUUAAUUAACAAUUUGUAGAAGAGUUUUUACUGUUUUUUUUUUCACUAGAGUGUCACUAGUAAUCUUGCACAAAAGUUGAGACUGCGAAAGAUGAACUGUGCUCGUCUAAGAGAAAUUCCUCUCUUUUAAAGCUGAAAUCAUCAUAAGGACAGGUGGAAUAUCUCGCUGCUGAGGAGAGAGAAGAAAGAUUUUCUCGGGAAGAGAUGAAUUUUCUUCCAAUGAGGGCUACACAUUUUUCCAUCAUCUAAUCCUAGAAGAUCAUGAGACUAAGAGGAGGAAAAUUUUCUAGAGAAGGGAUGAAUUUUUAUCCUUUUGAACCGACCAAAAAUCAUCUUUUCAGCCCAACAAAUGAGGGCUAUGCAUUUGUUUUGAGUAUCCAUUCUUGGAAGAGUGAAAGGCGGAGUUUCAUAUUAUAAAACGAGAAUGCUAGAACCUCGCGAGAUAACUUCUUGCUAAACUGUCUACAAAGCUGGAAAGAUGGAAAGAACACGCGACUACGAUUUGUUGUUUACAAAUACUAUCCUGCAAUGUGAAGAAGAAAACGCUUAUAUUUGCGACAUUCAAGGAUUUCAGAGAAUCGCGGAAGAUACUUUUAUUUUCAAAGAAAUAAGUUUCCUUAAUUUAAGGAAAACUGCCUUACCGACCGCGUAUCUUUUCAAACCUCCAAUGGCCUGGGAGGAACUUACUGAAAAGGAAAAAUGCAUGACUCAAUGGUUGGAAAAGAGUCAUCAUGGAAUAGCAUGGAACUCUGGCGAUAUUCCGUAUCACCGUCUCCAUCGAAUUUUACAAAUCUGCACGCAAGGAGUAGAGAAAAUAUUUAUAAAAGAAGAGCAGAAAGCCCAAUGGAUAAAAAAUAUAUUACCAAACAUUUCCAUUUCAAAUGUUGAAGACUUUGGAAGUCCACCUCUUGAAAAAGUAUUAAGUGAAAACCAGUACUCAAUCAUGCUCUCUGCAUACGGAGGAAACCAAUGUGCGCUAUUCACAAUGUCGUAUCGAUACGAGCUUGGCUGCUAAACUAUUUAGAAUCUACAUAUGGUAUUGAUGAAAUAGAUAUCACUUCUAAUAAAAAUAAUGAAUGUUCAUGUUUAUAUUGGAAAUAAAGAAAUAUUUAAAAAACAAA